AUGUCAGAGAAUAGCAGGGUUUCGAAGCUCACUUUGGAGCAGAAGAGAAAAAAGUUGGAGGCAAACAGAGCAAAAGCCCUACAGCGAAAGAAGGAUCUACUAAAUGGCUCACUAAAUGGCCAAACCUCAGCUCAAAGGCCUGAUGCUAGUAAUCGAAAUGCCAAAGAUAAUCGAAAAAACAAGAAAAUGAUCAAAAAAAGCGAUUACAUUCAGUAUGAUAUAUCAAACACAAAGGAUACCAAGGGAGGGUAUAUAAUGGAACCACGGCGCUCAGAAACAGAUAAGACUUUGGAUGAGUGGCGGCAACAGCAGGAAAAAUCAAAAGAGAUUCGGCGAGUGCAAGAUCCUGCUCCACCGUUGGAUAUUUCGGCAGCUCCUAAAUGCUAUGAAUGCAAUACCAUUGAUAUAAAUCUGGAGUUCUUCAAUGUUUAUGGCUCCAGGGUUUGCAAUAAAUGCAAAGAAAAGUUGCCAGAAAAAUAUUCAUUGUUAACAAAAACUGAAUGUAAACAAGAUUAUUUUCUAACUGAAUCAGAGUUGAUGGAUACCAGUAUUUUCAACAAGAUUGAAAAACCAAAUCCCCAUGCUAAAUUUUCCAGAAUGCAACUAUUUUUGCGAUAUCAAAUUGAGGAAUUUGCCUUUAAGAAAUGGGGAGGAAGUGAUGGGUUAGAUGAAGAAUGGCUACGAAGACAGAAAUAUAAAAUCGACAAAAAAGCCAAGAAUUUUGAAGCAAAGUUAAAAGAAAUGAAGAAGAGAACUAGAGCUGAGGAAUAUACAAGAAAAUUAAGGGAAAAAAAAGAUGAUGGUUAUGGCCAUGCUCAUGAUUGGUCAGAGCCUCUAGACGUCGACGGCACUGUGGUUAGAAGAAGAUGUAAGGAUUGUGGAUUGGAAACUGAGGAGAUUAAUUUCUAG